AUGAAGCAACCGUGGAUUAUAUGGACGGAAGCUUGGUGUUUUCCUCGAGCAUGCACAUGCAGCUCGCGGUUCCGCGUCGCACAGGCCAAAGACGCGCUCUGCUCGGCUAAUCAUUCCUUUCACCACCUCGCCCGUGCUCAAGCUCCCAGCCCAGCACCAGCACCACAAAGCGCAUCCGCCUUCACGCCGCCUUCACGCCGCCUUCUCGUCGCCCUACUGUCUCCAUUGUCUAACCACGACCAAUUUGAUCCAGCAAGAAAGAGCGCGGAACUACAAUGGCCUCCGACCACGAGGACGAGGACGAUGACCUUUACAGCACCGCAGACGCAAAGACAGAGCAGACCAAGCACGCCAAAGACGAAGACGACGCGUCAAGUGGCGACGAGCCCAUGGACGAGGGCGCCGACUCGGGCGACGACGACGACGACGAUGAUGAUGAUGACGACGAAGACAGCGAAUCGGACCUCGAGAUUAUCAUUGACAAGCCACCAACCGCUCCGAAACCCGCGGCCCAACAGCAGCAGCCAGAAUCCAAAGCCAUAA